AUGCCCAACCCGGAACUUCGCCGACAGGUUAUCAAUAUUUACAAAGAGCUCCUUAAUAUCGGUCGCGAAUACCCCUUGGGUUAUGAAUACUUUCGAACGAGACUUCACCGCGCCUUUGCUAGUCAAGCACAUGUCGAAGAUGAGGAGCAAAUCAGAAACGGUAUAGCAAGGGCGGAGUUUGUGAAAAAGGAAACCAGGUACUAUCUCAAACGAUACCGCACCUUGAAACAGCGCUAUGGAAAUAGAUGA